AAUAAUAUGUUCAGAUAUUCUAACAAUUUGAUUCUGUUUUACUAUUAUGCUUUUAAUUAUUAUUUUAACCAAUGCAAAUUAACAUUGAAACUAACAUUCUUUUAUCAAGAUUUUUAUCUAAUUCUCUUCUUAAGCUUCACAUCUUGAAGAUCUUUUUCUGAUGUACAGCCAAUUUUUUGUAGAAGUGAGAAUGUUACUUGGAAUGGGAUUUUGUUGGUUGAUUAUAUCAAUUAUUGCUCAGAUAUUUCAUGUCUUCAGUAACUUAAAUUUAAAGUUUACUUGGAUGGAAGCCCAAGCAGAGACUGCAAAGAUAUCAUUAAUAUGCUUAAUGUUAAUCUGUUUAAUGUGGAGUGAUGCAAUUUGUGUUGCUAUUGCAACAAGCUAUUCAGUAUAUUGCCAACUGAUAAUAUCAUAUCUACAUAAUCUUUGUGGAUCAGUGAGAGAGAAAACAUUGACAUUUCAAGAUUUUAUUCGAGAUUUGCAGGAAUCAAGAAAAUUUAUUAAACAUUUGAAUAAUGAUCAAGCAAUUGGAGUAUCUCUAUUAAUACUUAACAUAGGCAGUAUUACUGCUGUUGCAAUAUAUGGAAUUUUAACUGGAAAAAAUCAUAGUAUGAGUAAUCCAUUUUCUAUUAUCUCACUGUUAAUAAAUAUCAUAUUAUGGAUUUCACUUUUAGCUAAUCCUAUUAUCCAAGUAAGUUUUUUAAAUAUAUAUUAAUUAAUAAUAAAUAAAUAAAUAUAUGCAUUUAUAAAAUUUCUUCAGGCAUAUGUAUUAUAAUAGUAUUAUAGUCACUUAGAAUGUUUGUAUAAUAAUAAUAGUUUGUACAACAUACCAACUAUACCCUAUGCCGAAAUAAACAUACAUGACAUCUGAUAUGUUGUUAACAGAACAUGCAACUGGAAGAUACUGAUAUAGACAACAUUCACAAUUUCUGGUACAAAAAGUUUACAUCACUGCACCAGGAACUAGCUAAACAC